UUCAUCCUGUGAGUGCCGUCUACGGUGUUUCAUCGUUUGUUUACUGGUUAUGUAAACUUUCAAGUACCGGACUGUUGUACUCAAUAUUUAUCCAAAAACCGUACGUUUUUAACGUAUAAACUAAUUCCAAAAUCCGCUUUACGUUCAGUCCUGUAAUCCUAUAGUGCGACACUUUAGCCCCAAAAAUGCCUGUCACAAAGAAUAACAAGAUGAUGCAGCACAUCAACUAUAGAGUGCGCGUUAUAUUACAAGAUUCCAGAAUGUUCAUUGGCACGUUUAAAGCCUUUGACAAACAUAUGAACUUGAUUUUGGCUGACUGUGAAGAAUUUCGUAGAUUGAAAAGUAAAGCCAAAGUACCUACAAUACCUGCAGAACCAAGGGAAGAAAAGCGUGUACUUGGUUUUGUUUUAUUACGUGGACAAAAUAUAGUAUCUAUAACUAUUGAAGGACCACCUCCACCCGAAGAAGGUCUUCCUAGAGUGCCACUGCCAGGUGGGGGUGGUCCAGGAUCUAGCCGUGCUGCUGGGCGAGGAAUGCCUUCUGUCAUACCAUCAGCAGCUACACCUGGCUUACAAGGACCAGUAAGAGGUGUUGGUGGUCCUUCACCAGCUGCAAUGGCACCCACUAGAGGUGCGCCAGCUCAACCACCAAUUAGAGGUCCACCAAUGAUGGCUCCUCCACCAGGCAUAAUGGCUGGUAUGCCACCAAUGCCUGGUAUGGGUCGAGGUGGACCACCACCAAUGCCAGCCAACAAUAUGCGUGGUCCUCCACCUAUGAUGAGAGGUCCUCCAGCUGGUCCAAGAGGAUAUUAGUGUGUAAUACUAAUGUUAUCUACUGAUGAUUUGAUAUGACUAAUAAAUAAUCACUGCAUAAUAUUCAACAAUUGUAAUAUCAAUUUAUUAAACAAGUGAUAUUCAACUACA